AUGCUGGCAAGCAGAGGUGGGCUCCCGUGUUCGACGGUCAAUCCCAAAGGCUCUUUCCCCCUGGGCCCUUUCCCAAGACACAUCUGGAUCCAUCACAAUACUCCCCAGGAUGGUUUAGAUAAAGCUUGUCAUGAGAUCUGGAAGAGGGUGCAAGGUCUCCCGGAGGAGCUCCAGCCGAGGUCCUCAUCUCCACUUCUCCAACUUAGCUGUCAUCCCAUCACAUCUUCAGAGGCCCUCAGAGAAGACAAUAGUAGCACCAGCAGCAGUUCCCAAAAGGAAUCUUUGGAAACCAACAUUUGCAAAGAUGACAUAUCUCUGCUGGUUGAGCAGGAAUAUUUAAGCCUCACCCAGGAGAAUGCAGCUGACCUGGAGGCUCAAAGAUCGGAUGAUGAGAAAGUGCCCUCGGCUGGUCCGUGCAAGGCUUCAACUAGCAACCUCACUAUGGCAUCUGAGGAAGAUCAGACAUCAGAAGAGAGGGAGGUAAUGGAAAAUGUCUACAGAGCACUGACUGGGAACAAAAGAGAGGUGAAGCUGAGAUCGAUCUGUGAUGCCCAGCUUUCUACCAAGUCCACUGUCACAGGCAUCCUGCUCCCUGCAAAUUUCAUCUACAAGACGACCAAAAGUACAGAAAGUGGAAGCAAUAACCCAGUGGGUUCCAACACUCAGAUUGCCAAGUUAUUGGCCCAGUUGCCGCUGAAACGCAUGGAGGCUGUCAAAAGCCUGGAUAACAAAGGGGUGACUGAAGAAGCCAAGUCAAUCAAGGACAUCCUUCAGAAUAAUAUCUUUGGAUCUGCAUCCCACAAAGAAAGCAUCGCGAGGCCACCUCCAAUCAUGGCAGUGAUGGAAAGUCAUGAAUCUGGGCAUAAGAAGCAGCUCCCAGUGUUUGCCAAGAUCUGCUCAAAAAGUGAGCCUGAGCUGGUUGCUGAUGCGCUCUGUCAAAACCAUGCAACAUCAGGAGCAUUUGAUAAGAACAACCUGAAGUACAGUGGAAAUGUGUUCACCCCACGGUUUCCUACAACCUCAACAACCACCUCGCUAAAGCAGCCAAUGUGGCUUAGCCUGAACUACCCUCCGCCUCCUGUUUUUCCAAACCAUUCGAACUUCCCACAGUAUCAGAGUUUGUAUCAGCAAAGAGCACGGAUCCCUUACCAGCAGACGCUACAUCCUCAGCUGGGAUGCUAUUCCCGCCAGUUGGCUCCAUACAAUCCUCAGCAAAUCUUCCGCUCCCCUUAUACCCCUGUGCUCAGCUACAUCCCACUGGUCCAGCCUGGCUACUCAUAUCAGCAGAGGAACCCAGCCAAGCCAUCCAGCAGUGUGCGUGAUAAUCCAGCAAUGGCAGGGGAUGGGCCACAGUAUCCAUUUUCCCCUUCCUAUGGCUUCACAUCAAGCACUGCAGGACCUGUUAGGACCAACCCGUAUUUCUCUUCCAACGGAGGUGGCAACAGUUUUUAAGAUUUCCUGGCGUCUUUUGGAGUUUGCUUGGAGAUGUGAAC